GAGGAGCGACGGGAACAAACCCUAUGUUAGCGAUCGAGAAAGUAAAGGAUUUCUCCUAAUCCCUUGUUUGGCAGCAAAGCAACAAAACAACGAGUGCAGCCAUAUAAUAAACAUGGCGGCCACUAUGUACGCGGGGUGCGUGAGGCGGUUGCUGUUUUCGUGCAACUCUCAAUGUUUGAAUACCGGAGCAUCAGCGCACUUAUCUGGUUUCAAAAGUGCUUAUAGCCUAGACAAGCUAUACCCAGGGUCCAAUCUAAGCUUCACUGCCAGUGUUCCGGCUCCAAGUAAUGACAAAGGCUUCAGUGGCUACAUUCCAAUCAAGGAGCUGGAGAUUUCCUACAGCCGGAGCGGCGGGCCGGGUGGACAGAAUGUCAACAAGCUGAACACAAAAGUGGACGUCAGGUUCCAUGUGGCCACUGCCUCCUGGCUGCCUCAGGAAGCCAAGGAUGGGCUCCUUCAGAAGUACCGAUCGCGUAUCUCGCGUGACGGUUACCUGUUGGUACGCUCAGAACGGACCCGUUCACAGCACCUGAACAUAGCUGACGCCCUGGAUAGGAUCAGGUAUCUGGUCACUGAUGUGCUGCAGAAGCCCAAAGAAGCCAGUCCAGAGAGCAUCGAAAAACAUCGACGACUACAUGAGCGAGCAACUCGGGAGCGCCUAAGGGAGAAACGACAUCGGUCCGCCAUGAAACGACAGAAUACGGUCGACUUGUAGCGUACCCGGUACAAGCUUGCCCGAAGAGGUCCUCAUUGCGAAGGUGUGUUAAGAACUGUGGUUGAGUGCGCGAGAGUGUGACCUCGAAGCGAGCGUUGAAUGAAGUGAAGAAGUGCGAGAUAGACUUUACGUGGUGACGAAGCCUUGAUGAGUAAGCAUGAUUCAAUAGUCCGUGUUGACUUGGCGAUGUCAUAUGUUUGUGGAAAAUAUCAGUAUCUUGGUGCGAAA